AUGUUUUCCGGCGCCGGUGAUGCGGGUUCUCGCCGGCGCUGGCCACUCUAUUCGACGCUGCUCUUUGCAACCAUCAUCUUUCUCGUUUUCCGUUUUGUUUGGGUUUGGUUUGUUCGAAUCACUAGAGGAAGCAGUCCCCGACGGAUCUCUCACAAAAGACAAGCGCCUCAGCUCCUCGUCCUCUCUACAGUCCUUCCGGCGGUCUUCUCUCCUUGGUAUUUCUUUUCUACAGUGAAGAGUCGAGAGGGUUCUCUCGCCAUCGCUGCUAUCGGGUUCUCGGGUUCAAAUCCCAGUGACCCUCUCCCUGGCUACCGACGAACAAGUCUCGACGUCGAUUCUGUCCGCGCUCGUCAAUCGCUCUUGGAGUAUAAAUCUCAACGUACAAACUCACCCUUUCCGUCUCCGGUAAGUCGUGAGACAACUAACUCAACAAAGGUCGCUCCUUUCUCAUUCUCCGGUGCCAGUUUACAAAGUAUCUCAAGGUUAGAUCCGAAUCUCUUCGGAAGCUCUUCACCUUCCUCGCCUUCUUUUGAGAUACCAUCCCCCCCUACGUGUUCUCUUCUCAUUGGUGGCUAUGUCCACCUCCGGCGUUACGUUUCCGGUGACCUCUCGUGUGGUACCGGCUUACAUCUGUUUGAGCCCAUUUUCAAGCCUCUCAAGACCCAGAGAUAUGGAUGA